AUGGCUGCGGCCCAGUACAAAGAUCUACAAGAGGCGGAGGCUGGUCAUUUCUUGCUGCAUAUUUUGAACAAUCCCCAGGGUCUCUUUGGACACAUCAGAAAAGAGGCUGCUUCAGUGGUCUUGAAGAUGAUCUACGGCUAUAAUGUAGAUCAGUUCAAAGCCGAUCAUCUUGUUGAAGCGAUUGAAAAAGCUAUGGACGGGUUUGGGCAGGCUUCUGUACCUGGUACUUUCAUGGUCGACAUUUUCCCCUGGAUGCGGUAUCUCCCGGAAUGGUUCCCUGGAACGGGAUGGAAGCAGACUGCCAAGGAGUGGCGCGAAGACCUGAGGGUCAUUGUUGAAAAGCCAUUUGCUUUCACCAAGCAACAGAUGGCCUCCGGACGAGACACCUCGUCAAUCACCUGCAACUUGCUUGGUGGCGAUCACGAUAAAAAGCCAGAAGACGAGUACCUCACGAAAUGGACGGCUCUCUCUCUCUACGCGGGGGGAGCCGAUACUACGGUGUCUACAGUUGCAUGCUUCUUCCUUGCCAUGUCGCUUUACCCUGAGGUACAGCGUAAAGCUCAAGCUGAGAUUGAUCAGGUCGUUGGGCAAGACCGCUUACCCACCUUCUCUGAUCGUCCUAACCUGCCAUAUAUCGAGGCUCUUCUGAUGGAGCUUCUUCGUUGGCAGCCCGUUGUGCCCAUGUCCAUACCUCAUAUGUCUUCGGAAGAGGACAUCGUUAACGGUUACUACAUCCCCAAGGAAUCAGUGAUCCUGCCAAAUAUAUGGUAUUUCACUCAUGAUCCCAAGCUGUACCAUUCGCCUAUGGAGUUCAAACCUGAGCGCUUCAUGUCCACCGAGGGCAACACACCGGAAAUGGACCCUAACAGAUUUGCCUUUGGCUUCGGACGCCGCAUCUGUCCUGGCCGUGUCCUCGCCGACAACGCCUUGUUCAUCACAAUUGUGCAGGCUCUUUCAGCAUUGGAGAUCAGCAAGGCUGUCAUCGACGGCCAGGUCGUCGAGCCAAAGAUUAGUCUCCUUGGUGGAAUCGUCAGCCAUCCGGAGCCCUUUGAGACAUCCGUCAAGCCGCGCUCUGCGCAUCAUGAAGCGCUGAUACGGGCGGUUGAGAAGACCUACCCAUGGGAGAGAAGCGAUCAAGGAAUGUUGGAGAAGAUGGAGGUUUGA